UGAUGCCGUCAUCCCUGUUGAAUCCUCAACCAAGUCCGAUAGCCCACUUACCGGGACUGACAAACAUGCCGUACAUGGACGGACAAUCGGACACUGAUGGAAGUCCGUUUACGACGGCACACUCGCCAGCCGCUUUCAACUGGCCCGGAUCGCGGGAAAUGCUGCAACCAUCACUACGACCUGGCCAAAGUCCGAACCACAAGGCGCAGGGUGAGUAUUCUUCAUUGGUUUUUGUUAGCGGUUGAUGUGAUGAUCGUUACAUUUUCUUUCAGCUCCACUUCACAACACUUCCCGCGUUCUGCCAGCUGCAUCUGCAGGCCACUUAUAUCUAUCAGGUCCGGACGCGUUGGCUG